AUGGAAAACAAAGAAACAGGCAGUAAAGCUAUUGGUAUGAUAGAAGAGUUAAUGAUUAAAAUUGUCCGUUUGAAAAAAAAAUAUGACAAGCAGCUGGCUGACGCACAGCAUGACGUAACUGUUGCUAGGGAGGAAGUAAACACAUUACGAGCUCAGUUAGAGACACAGAAAUCUAAGGCUGCUAGAGCAACAAACUUAGCUAAUCAAGAUCUUUUAAGAUUACAAGCCCUGUUAGAAAAAUAUCAAUCUAAAGCACUAAAUACUUCUGUUACCAGUCCUAUCAUAGCCUCAGGAGGUUUUUCUGCUGAAGUUUAUCAUCAGUCUAGAAUGUUAAAAACUCUCCCUAAGUGGGAGGAACAGAAGGGACAAGCAGACCAUUAUCAGUUGGCAUAUAUGCUAGUCAAUGGCAGUGAUGAAAAAGAUAAGAAAAAUGUCAAUUUUCAAAAAGCUGUUAUGCGCUCCUUUUUGGACUAUUUGAAAGGUGUCCCAGGAGAUAUCAAACUUAUUUAUGAGAAAUCUUCAAAGACACUCACAGAGUUAGUAGAUAAAUUACUGGGAAUUCCUCUUUCAGUUUGUAGUGAAAGCUGUACUAUGGGUUACAGAAAAGCCAUACAGCAAGGCCAGCCAUCCUGCUGUUUUGACUGUAUACCAUGUUCAGAGGGAGAAGUUUCAAAUGGAACAGGUAUGAAUGAUUGCAUAAAAUGUCUGGAAGACCAGUGGCCUAACAGCAGAAGAGACAGAUGUAUUAGGAAAACAGCGGAGUUUCUGGCAUAUGAAGACCCCUUAGGUUCAGCUUUGACUUCUGUAACCACUGUUUUACUUUUACUUAACUGCUUUGUUUGUAUAACUUUUGUUAAAUUUCGUCACACUCCUGUUGUGCGUGCAAACAACCGCCAGCUCAGCUACAUUCUUUUAUUUGCACUUAUGCUUUGCUUUUUAUGUUCUCUGGCAUUCAUUGGUCAGCCUAAGAAUGUGACCUGUAUGCUCCAGCAAGCAACAUUUGGAAUAAUUUUUACUCUUUGUGUCUCAUGUGUGCUAUCAAAAACAAUCAUGGUUGUUAUUGUUUUUAAGGCAACAAACCCACGCAGCAAUCUGAGGAAAUGGCUUGGAUACAAGCUGCCUUUAGGUAUUAUAUUUUUGGGGACACUCAUUCAGUUCAUGAUUUGCAUAAUUUGGUUGGCUUAUUUUCCACCAUCUCUGGAACAUAACAGGAAAUCAGUAACUGGAAAAAUCCUUAUUGAAUGCAAUGAUGGAUCAUUAUUUGCAUUCUGGUGUAUGCUGGGAUACAUUGGAUUUUUGGCUAGUUUUAGUCUUGUAGUAGCCUUUCUAGCAAGGAAGCUUCCUGAUGACUUCAAUGAAGCUAAAUACAUAUGUUUCAGUAUGCUUGUGUUUGUCAGUGUUUGGCUAUCCUUCAUCCCAGCAUACCUCAGUACAAAAGGAAAAUACAUGGUCGCUUUAGAGGUUUUUGCCAUCUUGUCCUCAAGUGCUGGUUUACAAGUUUGUAUCUUCCUUCCCAAGUGUUACAUUAUCAUUUUCCGACCAGACCUGAACACAAGAAAAGUAACUGCUAGCAAUACAACUGAGAGAGACUUAGAAAAAAAUAAUUAA